CGAGGUCCAGUGUUUUUGCUGGAGACACCGGAGGUCGCUGAACUCCUCAAUCCCGACUUGGGUCCAGACCCAGGUCCAGGUUCUUGUCCACGGACCGGUGAGGACCUGGUCUGAGGUGUUUACAGUUGGAUUGUAUUUUAUUUUCAGCGUCCUGGUUUAUGAGUGCUGGUCUUGGAGAAUCCGGAUCAGAUCUCGCCCAGACCCUAUGCAGCUCACUCGGACCUGCCACUCUGAAACUGAUGCGGAUCCACUGACUUUUGCACCAGAACCAAAGCAUAUAUCCGCAUAAUCCCUGUCCAGGACCCGGUCCGGCAGAGACCAGAUCUGAGAUGUCGGACCCGGAGCCUGAGGACCCCGGAGCUCCAGGAAAACCAGACCGGGUUCCAAACGGAGGGAACCCCGACAAAUACAAGGAGGAUCUGGAUCUCGCCGCCGUCUACGUAUCAGAUGCUCAGUACAACCGGAACAUCUACUUCGACACAACACCACAGGCUGUGAGACUCUACCAGCUCUACAACCACUGGGUUCUGAAGGUUCUGCUCUACUUCUUCAUCCUGGUCAAUUUGGGUUUGGCGGUUUUCGAGGAACCAGCUGUCAUCACUACGCCGAUAUGGGCCACCAUGGGGGCAGAACUACUGUGUCUGCUUGCCUUCACCAUCCGACUAGUUCAUUACGCCAAAGUGAUUCCUCGAGACAAGUUCUGGAAAGACCCAAAGAACAUCUGCAUCAUUGUCAUCCUCAUGCUCACUCUGAUUGAUAUGAUCAUCUACGGAGCACUUAAAUCCGCCAACUGUCACGCCCUCCGCUGGUCCAGAGUCCUACGGCCGCUGCUAUUGGUCAAUGUCACAGAGGGCCGGCAGCUCCGCAGGGCGUUCCGAAGCAUCCGGAAUGCUCUGCCUCAGAUCUUCUACGUCUUCCUGCUCUUCAUGUUCAGCGUUCUCAUCUUUUCCUUGAUGGCGCUCAAACUCCUAGGCAAACGAGGUCUGAAGACGAUAAACGGAGCUCCGUACUUCACCAACUACCUGGACAUUGUGUUCGACCUGUAUGUCCUCGUCACCACGGCCAACAGCCCUGACGUCAUGAUGCCCGCCUACAAUGCCAGCUUCAUCUUUGCCAUCUUCUUCAUCCUGUACAUCCUCAUCAACACCUACAUUUUCAUGUCAGUUUUCUUGGCCGUCGUCUACAACAACUACAAAAAAUACCUGAAGGAGGAGGUCCGCCAGCUUGUCAGGGCCAGACGCCACAAAAUGGCGCGAGCAUUUGCCGUGUUGCAGGAGCGGCAGGAGGGGGCAGAGCCUGUGGUGAUUCAGGAGCGCUGGAACCAGCUGAUCCGAUUGGUGCGUCCCGACAUCAGCAACUCCCACCGGGAGCUGCUGUGGAGCGUAUGUGAUGACAAGAACCAGGGUGCCAUCGGUAAAGUCGCCUUCAUGCAGCUCGCCGACCUGCUCAACAUCGAGGUUAUCACUCUCAAAUCAAGGCCACACCCCCUUCAGGGCCUAUGCCCUGCCCUCUACCUGUCAGCGCCGAGCCGCCUCCUCUGCCGACUGGUGCAACACAGGGCCUUCGUGAUCACGUAUGACCUGAUUAUCCUGGUGAACGCCGUCUUCAUCGGCCUGGACGAGGAGAACCAAGUGAUUGCCAACUCGGAGUGGGUAUUCCUGUCACUGUACCUGCUGGAGAUCCUGCUGAAGCUCUAUGUCUUCGAGCCCCGAGGCUUCUUCUCCAAACACAACUUCUGGAACUGCAUUUCCACGUCUCAGAUUGUAAACUGGAGGUUCGACACCAUCAUCGUCGUCUCAGCGCUUGUUGCCACUGUGGUCAACUCAGCAGUGAAGUCAGCGGGUGUGUACAGCAGCCGCCAGAUCCUGGACAUUGUCUUCAUCCUACGGGUCCUGAGGCUGAUCCGGGUAGUUGAUAGCAUCCAGAGGUUUCGUGCAAUCAUCAACACUCUGAUUCGGAUUGGACCGGCCAUCCUAACCUUUGGACAGCUCAUCAUCGUGGUCUACUACAUCUUCGCCAUGGUGGGGAUGGAGCUGUUCAAAGGGAAGGUGAAGUUCUAUGGCGAUGACUCAGUGGACCCAGCCAAGGCGUUCUGUGGAAACCGUCUGCUGGAGGGAACCGACUUCGCCAAACUCAACUACUGCAAAAACAACUUCAACAACGUGGUGUCGUCCUUCAUCCUGCUGGUGGAGCUCACCGUGGUCAACCAGUGGCACGUGCUCAGCAGCGGCUUCGCUGCCGUCACCCAUGUAUCGGCCAGGAUCUUCUUUGUCCUCUUCCACAUCGUGGUUGUUAUCAUCAUCAUCAACAUCUUUGUGGCCUUCGUCCUGGAGGCAUUCUUCGUGGAGUACUCGGUGGAUAAAAGUGACCUGCAGACGUCUCUGGAGAAGAAAAUUGAGGAGCUGGAGCUCUCCGUAGCACAGGAGAAGCUGGAGGAUAACCUGGUGAACGCUAUGGAAACCAUUGACAACGAUCUGAGCGGUGGCCAAUCAGCAAACGGCAAACCAGCCCUGAUGUUUAAAAUUGCCUCUAAAAGGUAUCGAACGGUGGAUGCUCUUAUACAGCGGAUGUUCGAGGCUGACCUCGACCCCGAAGACGUUGCUGACAUCGACGACCCCGAGGUCACGACCAAUGGGAACUUUGUAAACCCAACAUUCAGCUCUGCAUAGACAUUAUGAAGAUCCACAGGGACCAGAUUCUUUAUCCAGUGUAUAUUCAGUUUAUCCUCUGUUCAUCUCAUAGUGCACGAACAUGUCUGACUUAUGUCGAAACACAAACCAAUCAGUAUUUUCAUAUAAAGUAUUUUUACUCUAAA